AUGCCGGGCACCACACCUACACCCUCAGGGCCAGAGCCAGCUCCAGCCCGCAGACGACCACGAUACAAUCCUCUCAUCAACCCAGCAAAUGCGAAACCAGUCCUAGUCGAAGAGCACCUAGAAUCCGACAUGCACAUCUUCCUGACCCGCCCAUACCUCGGCGCGUUGCUCUUUGAGAACUCUGCCUCCGAUGCACGCGACCACUGCGCAAAUGAACGAACGUUCCUCUCUUGGCUCCGCCUCUCGAUGUACCUUGGCAUCGUGUCCGUGGCCCUCAUUAUAUCCUUUAACUUCAAGGCGCAGCCGACGCCGUUGGAGCGCCGCAUGGCCCUGCCGAUGGGGAUUAUCUUCUGGGUGCUGAGCCUGGUGAGUCUGAGUAAUGGGCUGGCAAACUAUGUGCGCACGGUCAAGAAGUAUAGUCGCAAGGCGGCGCUUGUGCAGAGUGGGUGGAAGACGCAGCUGACGUUUAUUGUUGUGGGAGGUGUCAUUUUGGGAAGCUGUAUUGUGUUGCUCGUUACGGAUGCACAUAGAUAUUGA